GCCGUGAGGGGGAGCCGUGAGGCGGGGCGGAGCGGGGCGGCCGUGAGGUGGGGCCAUGCGGCGGGGCGCGGUGGGGCCGUGCGGAGGGGCGGUGCGGCGGGGCUGCGAGGCGGGGCCGUGUAACAGAGCCGUGAGGAGGGACCGUGCGGCGGGGGGGGGCGGCUGGGCGGUGCAGCGCGGCCGUGCGGCGGGGCCGUGAGGCGGGGCGCGGUGGGACCGUGCGGCGGGGCCGUGUGGCAGAGACGUGUGCCGGGGCGCUGCGGCGCGGCGGGGCGGUGUGGUGAGGCGAGGCGGGGCGGGGCGGAGCGGAGGGGCGGUGCGGCGAGGCGGGGCGGUGCGGCGAGGCGGGGCGCUGUGCCAGGCUGUAUCGCUGCUUCCCGCACUGGGCCCGCCCCGCCGCCCAUUGUGCUCGUGCCAUGUGACCGGGGCCGGUUACAAAGCAUCCCGCCGCCGGUAUUUGUGCUGAGUCACGGCGCGGCCCUGCCCGGUGCCGCGGAGCGCGGUCGCCGCUGUGGCUGUGCCCGGCUUCCCGAUGGGGACGGACGGCGCUCGCGUCCUGCUGGAGCGGGCGGGCACCCUCACGCUGCAGACCGGCAACCUCCUCAACUGGGGCUGCCUGCGCAAGAAGUGCCCGGCCACCCCCGGCGAGGAGGUGCGGGACUGCAUUCAGAAAACACUGACUGAAUGGAGCUCAAAGGUUGGACAAGACCUAAAUCAGGAAAUACUGGAGGUUCUGGAAUGUACUGUAGCUCAAGCUAUAGAAAAAAUAAAUCCUGAAGAAAGGGAUGAGUUGAAAGUAUCAGCAAAACUCUUCAUCGUUGGAUCAAACUCUUCAUCAAUCAGAAAUGCAGUUGACCUGGCUUGUUCUGCCCUCGGCGUCGCUCAGUUGGACUCGGUCAUUAUUGCCCCACCUCCUGUUGAAGAUGGAACUAGCUUCUCCUUGGAGUAUUUGCAGCCUUAUUGGCAAGAACUUGAAAAUUUAGUUCAAAACAACAAGAUUGUUGCCAUAGGUACCUCUGACCUAGAUAAAACACUGUUAGAACAGCUGUAUCUCUGGGCACAGGUAAAGCCGAGUAGUAAUCAGGUGAACCUAGCUUCCUGUUGUGUGAUGCCACCUGAUCUCACAGCAUUUGCAAAACAGUUUGACAUACAGCUGUUAACUCACAAUGACCCGAAAGAAUUACUUUGUGAAGCGAGUUUCCAAGAAGUUCUUCAGGAAAGCAUCCAGGACACGAAAGCACAUGAGUGGAUUCCUUUAUGGCUUCUCCGGUAUUCAGUCAUUGUUAAAAGCAGAGGAAUUAUCAAGUCCAAAGGCUAUAUCAUGCAAGCUAAAAGAAAUUCCUUUUAAAACACUUUUUUUUUUUUUUUUUUUUCUUUAAUGGCUUUCUGUUUUCAUUUCUUGGGGAUGGGGGAAACAUUGCUUUUUUCAUAGAAACACUUUUACAGCAUUUGUAACAAAGACCAAAAGUUGUAAUUACUCGGUGUGUUGUCAGCAGGAGUGUCUACAGUGCUCUAACACGAUUUUUCUUACUUAACCUAUUGACCAGUUAAUUUAAAAGAUGAAAUAUUUGGGGGUGGUUUGAAUUAUCGAUAGAGAAACAGUUUAAGAUAUGUUUCUUUUUAUGACCAGUUCACUGUAAAAUUAUCAUUAUAUUGUAGCUGCCAUUGGGUGGUAGAGAGAAACUUAUAUAUUUUUAUUUAAAAAGAAUGAAUUUCUCUUAAAUAAGAGUUCCUCACCUGGGAGGCACAUAGAUUUCAAGCAUUCACGGACUGCUUUUUAUAGAAAAUGGUAAUCUUUUAUGAAAAAUUACCCAGAAAAAUGCAAUGGUAUCUCAUUACUUGGUAUGUAUAUAUAGGCAAGUCAGCUGUUUAAUUUGGGUGGUGGGAAAAUUGGUUUAUUUUUAAUAUAGUGUAAAAGACCUUUAUGCUUUAGAAAAAAAUGCAUCUUCCCAGUUACUUUGACUGUUACCUGAAUUCCCUCUGGCUGCUCUGUGUCUCAGUGUGCUUUGGUUAGUGUUUGCACACGUGUGAUGGGAUCUUUGCUGUUUCAAAUAGAACAUGUAUCAUUGUGUGAAUGUUUCAAAUAAGCGUUGAAAACAAGUGAUGACAAAACCUAUUAAUCAAAAGCUGAAUUGUGCCUGUCUUCUCACCAUGGCUUCUGUGUUUGACACUUGUGAACUCCACAAUCGGAAUGGGCCAAGUCAGAACAGCAAAUGCUGAAGCUGCUCACAAUAGGAUUGGUAAAUGACUUCUUUUGAGGAUGCCCAGGAAACUUUAUCGCUAGAGUGCCAUUCAGGAAUGAUGCAAGCAAGGGUUAGCUUGAAGUUAGGUAUAUAUCUGUGGCAGUAGCUUAGCAAACUGGCUUUUGAAUCCUAGAGAUUGCUGCAGCUAAGGCAAGGCCUCUGGUUUAACGUAGUCUUUCCAUUGGAAACGCCUUUUUAUUUCCUUGGCCUUUGAAUCAGAAUAGGUAGCAAAAGCUCAACUUGUAGUUCAGCAGGAGCUUGAUGCUGAGUGUCUAAAAUACUGAUUUUCCUUUUGAUUUCAGGCAGGAGCAGGACCAUACAAGUCGUACUCAUUAACUUAGUUCUGUAUAUUCUGAGACUUGGGCUCUAAAGGGAAUGAAUUUUCACCACCAUCUUUCAAAUUGUCAUGUAGGCAGCUAGUGGCAUUUGAAUGCCUGUAGGUAGUGUUUAGAGUGUCAGCUUCCUAUAAUCCAUUCCACUAAGUUAAUCUUAAUUAAUAAGAUUAAUAUUUUUCAAGAUACCUUUUGAGUCCUAAAUAGCUGGAGGUGGCAAAUACUGGGAAAUUCCCCUGGACUUCUUCAGUUCUUAUGAUCAAUGAGAGAGAUGGGGAACUGGGACUAGUAAUGCAUCAAUAAAAGUUUGGCUUGGGGUGGUGGUUGUUUUAAUCCUCAUCAAAAUGUGCUCUUUUUUAAAUGUUGGGUUCCUUUGCAUCAAUUACAUUUAAACUACUCUGCCGGCUUUGAGUUGUGUGCUGCUGCCGCUGACCACUACCUGUACCUUCUGUCUCCAUUUGCCCGCUGAUGUUCUAUAUUGUAUUGCUCACAUGUGUGCUCAGUUUUAUGAAUGGAGAUGCUACAAAACAAGAAUUGCGCUCAAAUGUGCAGGCUGCACUAAUGGGGUAAUUAUUUAUUUCCUGUUUGUAACCUGCUGACAGUUUGCUUGUGUAGAAAAGCCUCCUGUGAGACAUGGUAAUUUUAAGAGAUGAUUUUUUUUGAGAGUUGCUGACAGCGUAACAUUUUAUCAGGUUAUUUCAUUAACUCGUUUUGCAUCAAAGAGAUGGGAUUUCCUUCCGUAACUUGAAAGUUUGAAUUAAAAGUUGGAAUUCUUGUAGGCUUUUAAA